UCUAAAUUGCACAACUCCCACUCCACGCAAACAUCACAACAUCCGCUAGCUACUCUACCCAGACGACCGAAUCUUGGACAGUAACUUGGCUUCUGCGGAACGACGCAAUUCUUUCGCCAUGCUUCUCUCCUCCACUCUUGUCGCUUUGGGCGCCAGUCUGACCGCGGCCCUGACUCCCCUCGAGGUCCAAGGCAAUGCCUUCGUGAACCCCAAGACCGGCAACAAGUUCCAGAUCGUAGGUAUCGACUACCAAAUCAAUGGUGCCGCUGGUUACGACCCUGCCCACGGCCAUGACCCUCUGUCCGAGGCGGACGUCUGCCUCCGUGAUGCUGCCAUUAUGCAGGCUCUUGGCGUAAACGCUGUCCGCGUGUACAACCUCGAUCCCAACCUGAACCACGACGAGUGCGCCUCCAUCUUCAACGCCGCGGGCAUGUACAUGCUCAUCGAUGUCAACUCGCCCCUUCCUGGCGAGGCCAUUACCGCUUGGCAGCCGUGGACCAGCUACUACAAGGAGUACCUCAACCGUACCUUUGCUAUGGUCGAGGCCUUCAAGAGCUACCCGAACACCCUUCUUUUCUUUUCGGCCAACGAAGUAAUCAACAACGAAGCCACAGUUGUCGAUGUCCCUCCCUACCUGCGUGCCGUUACACGCGACCUGAAGAACUACAUUGCCAACCAUGCCGACCGCAAGAUCCCCGUCGGAUACUCUGCUGCCGAUGUCCGCGAGUACCUCUGGGAUACCUGGAACUACAUGCAGUGCACCCAUGAUGAGGACAAGGACGAUAUGAGCCGCGCCGAUCUCUUUGGCCUCAACUCUUACUCCUGGUGCGGCAAGUCUGACUUUGACACGUCGUCCUAUGACGAUCUUGUCGAUGGUCUCAAGGAUACUUCUGUCCCCGUCUUCCUCUCCGAGUAUGGCUGCAAUAAAGUCACUCCCCGUCCCUUCACCGAGGUCGGCACCAUCUACGUUUACAGACACUCAGUUCACUUUCUCGAGGAUUUCCAACUGCUGGCCGAGCAGUAUGCGAAGCUCGACUUUAAGACCUUGCAAGGCACUAAGCCUUCCAAGAACUCCCCCAAACCUCCCAAGUGCGACGCCUCCCUCAUCAAAACGAAGGCAUUCAACGCCAACUUCACGCUGCCUGAUGUUCCUCCUGGCGCUCAGGAGCUCAUCGACAACGGUAUCGAGAACAAGCCCUCUGGCAAACUCGUCAAGAUCUCCAACUGGGAGGUUGACUCGGACUUUAAGAUCUGGGAUGCCAACUGGAACCUUCUCACCCUCUCCGUCAAGCCCCUCGCUGACGAUGAGUCAAACAAGCCCGGCAACAACGAGGCUUCGACCGCAAGCGUGAGUGCUGGUCCCACGUCAUCUUCAGCAUCCUCACCCGCAUCCACUUCCAAUGGCGGCACUGCCAACAACGACGAUAGCGCCGGCAUUUCUGUCCGUCCCGCCGUUGCCUUCGCAAUUGCGGCGCCUAUUGCUAUCCUUUUGCUGUAA